CCCAAUCUCGCAUCCCACCUCAUCGAGACACCAUCGUAACGACGCCCCCGCCGCUGCCACAACUUCCCACGACGCUCGCCGAUAUUGCGCGCACCAACCAUCGCAGUCGCCAACUGCUCGUUACCUCAGAACAUGUCCCAAGAUACAGGCCUGUGGAGUGUCCGCAGACCCAGGGAAACACUCGGCGGCAUCAGCCUCAACGCUGCUCUCCCCCAACCCGGCUCUACCAUGAAGCGAUCCAAUUCUAGCAACACCGCCAACUACCCGGGCAGCCAUGUCCGCUCCAUGUCUGGAUCUAGGCAGUCCCUCGCCAUGUCGCGCCCCAAUCAGCCCCUCUUCCAGCGUUCCUCGUCCGGCACCAACCUCGCCGACCUUGGGCUGUCGUCGGUCAAGCGUUCGUCGUUCCAGCAACCGAAGGGUGUUUUCACUCCAGCGCCCUCCCGCGCACCUCGCGCUUCAAUGGGGGACGCCGACCGACGCAGCAGUGUAUACCGACCACGCCAGUCCACAGCCGCCCCGACGAGCCACCAGAGCUUCUUCCAAGCUACUCCUCAAACUGCCGGUGUGCCACGAGACCCGCGUCCGCUCAAGGACCGAUCGUUCCAGGCCCGGAUCGGACAGGAGCUUCUGGACUACAUGGUGCAGCACAACUUCGAGAUGGAGAUGAAGCAUGUCCUCUCACAGAAUGUCCUCAAAUCGCCAACCCAAAAAGACUUCAACUACAUGUUCCAAUUUAUCUAUCAUCGAAUCGACCCCAGCCACAGGUUCCAGAAGAACAUCGACCAGGAGGUACCGCCACUUCUCAAGCAAAUGCGAUACCCAUUUGAGAGAAGCAUCACCAAGAGUCAGAUUGCCGCUGUUGGAGGCCAGAACUGGAGCACCUUCCUGGGCCUGCUUCACUGGAUGAUGCAGCUAGCACAGAUGCUCGACGGCUACGCAUCCAGCAGAUAUGACGAGGCCUGCAUGGAAAAUGGCACUGAUGUCAGCGGCGACCGCAUCAUCUUUGACUUCCUCAGCAGUGCAUACAGGGACUGGCUUGCCAUGGAUGAGGAUAUGGGUGACGAAGAAGCCGAGCGCGUGCUGGCGCCCCACGUCCAGUCAAUGGCGAGAGCUUUUCAGCGAUCCAACUCCAAGUACACGGCAGAGCUCGAGAUGCUUGAGGCAGAGAACGCGCGACUACUCAAAGAGAUUGAGGACCUGGAGAAGUCAACGCCCGACCCCGCAGUCCUGGACAACAAUUUCAAGAUCAUGGAGGAGGACAAGAUCAAGUUUGAGGAGUACAAUGCGUUGGCCAUGCAGCGAUCGGAGAAGUAUGAAAGCCGGGCCGACGUACUGCAGGAAGAGCUGGAAAAGUUGAUGGAGGAGCUGAGGGAGGCGGAUGAGGAGCGACGUAGUCUGCAGAAGGCAGUUGAUGCUCAAGGGAUCAGUAUGCAGGAUAUGGACCGCAUGACGUCUGAGCGUGAGAGGCUGCAGAAGGGCAUUGAGACGGCCGGUCAGAGGCUGGAAGAGGUGAAGAAAAAAGUGUCCGACAAGGAAAUGGAUGCGAGCCGGAAGCUGGACGAAUUAGAGCGCAUGGUUGACCAGUACAAUACGCUGGCAUACCAGAUCGCGCUCAUUCCAUCAACAGCGGCCAAUGCCAAGGGCAAGGACUUUGAACUCCAGGUCAUGGUCAACGACAAUUCAGACUUUACGUCGUCCAACCUCUUGGGCUCUGCCGGGCCCUCGUCAGCAGAUCGGUUGCUAGCUGAUGCGACAACUGGCUACCUACCCGGACAUAUCCUCAACUUGGACCUCCGGGGCCAGAUCCGAAGCAGCUUCCUAACACUGCGCAAGGAUAUCUCAGAACGACGCACCGCAGCCAUGGACGUCAUGAUGAAGGACCACGACCUACUCGACGGCAUCAAGGAGGCCAUCGAGGAUAGAAAGAGCGAGGUCGAGGCCCUCAAUCAUCGCGUCCGAGCAGCGGAGGAGGAGUACGAAAAGACCAAAGAGGUGACAACAACACAAAAGUUGGCGUCGGACGCACAGAUUGAGAAGAUGGAGAAGGAACUGUCUCGAAUGCGAGCGGGGCUGUCAGAGUCUGUGCAGCUUUUGGAGCAGCGCGAGAUCAACACAACUAUUGAAUAUGAACAGCUGGUUCUGCGAGCCAAUUCUCUUCGAGAGGAGCUGCAUACCGAAAUUGAUCGGAUGCUGAACGACGUCAUCAAGUUCAAGAUCCACGUGCAGAAGAACCUCGACGACUACGAAGGAUUCGUAACGGAGGAGCUGGAGAAGGAGCUUGGCAGCGAGGAUAUGGGUGAAGACACACGGCCAGUUGACCUGUGAUGCGAGACCCUGAAUGACUGAAAUGAACAUUGUGUUGCGGAGGUGCUUCUUCCGGCGUUUGAGGAGGCGGAGUCUUGGCUGACCGGCUGGGUGGCUGGAUGUCUGAAAACGGGCAUGCCGCGUUUAGACUAUGUCUUCGUCCUGUUCUUUUUUUUGGUGGCCUGGCUUUUGAGAGCGUUUUUUUACGACGGGAUAUGAUGGAUGAUGUUGCUUGUAGUUGAGAUAGAUACCAGGCCGAGGGUCAAAGGUUGGGAGGGGACUUUUCCGGAGAUGAUACCUUUUUGACAGAGCAUUCAAUACGUACAUGGAUAAUUUCAAGGUUACAUGCAAAUUAUGGGAGGGGGGCUUCUUGGCAUGCACAAUUCUUUAGCUGGCGUUCGCCAAGGAGAGUUACCAGUGUCGAGACCCUGCAUCGUGAUGUUCGGAUGUCAGGGGAAUUGCUUCUUGAAGCUCGCGCACGGAUG